AUGGAUUCUAAUUCAUCCCCAAUUUGUCGUGCUUGUUUAGCUGACCAAAACCUGCAAAGUUUAUUCACCGAACAAAAACAAUUAUCAGAAAAUGAAAAUUUAAUUCUAAAAAUGUUCAUCUCCUGUACAGCCCUCGAAGUGUCCCCAGACGACGAGUACCCCAAAUACAUUUGUGAUUUGUGUCUUCGAGACUUGUACAAGGCCUACGAAUUUUGGACGAAGUGUCGAAACUCUUUACAGGAAUUGGAUAAACUCAAAGGCAAAAUACAAAGUGUUUAUAUUAAAGAAGAAUUUAAGUCUUUAGGGGAUCCAAAAGAUGCUGAUGGGAAUGUUUGUGAUGAUGAUCAAGUUGUCAUGGAUGUGCAAAAGAAAAAUGUACAUAAAAAGUUAAGUAGAAAAGUUUUCGCGAAGACUAGAGUUAAGGAAGUUAAAGAUGACCAGGAUACUGCUGGUGUUGUAAAACAAGAAUCAGAUGAUGUUAUGGAAUUGGACGUACAGUCUAAUCAUUCUAAUCACAGUUAUCAUGAUGAUAUUGACAAUGCCAGUAACUGUGAAUACAACAUUCAUAAUGACAUCAAAAAAGAGUCCCAAGAUUCACACGAGUGUACUAUAUGUAACAAAAUCUACAAAUCAGCAUCUUAUUUGAAAACACACCUAAAAACCCAUUCCACCAAACCAUCAUCUAAACCUCCACAUUUAUGCCAACUAUGCGGUGCAGUCUUAACCACCGGCAGAAAUCUACAAGAGCACUUAGAAUCCCAUGGUGAUUUAAGAAAAUACACUUGCAAAACUUGUGGAAAGUCGUACAAAACCAAAAGAACUUUAUACGCUCACACUCUAAUCCAUGCAGAAGAAAAAAAACACGCUUGUGAACACUGCGGUCAGAAGUUUUUCGUCAGGAAUAAAUUAAUGUGUCAUAUAAAGCGCAGACAUUCAGACCUGAAACCUUUCAUAUGUCAUUUUUGUUCUAAAGCUUUCAAAUUUCCUUACAAAUUAACUGAACAUGUCCGGCAGCAUACAGGUGAGAAGCCCUAUGCGUGUCAAGAGUGUGCAAUGGCUUUCACUUGUGCUUCGAGACUGAAAGAGCAUAUGUUGAAGCAUACGGGUAUAAGGAAUUAUACUUGUCAAGUUUGUGAUAAACGGUUUUUGAAGCCACAACAUUUGAGGGUGCAUAUGGUUACGCACACGGGGGAGUGUAGACAUAAGUGUAAAAUUUGUGAGAAGGCUUUUAAGUAUCAACAGAUGCUGAAGAAUCAUAUGAAAGUGCAUUGUGAAGAAUCUAUCAUGUAA